GGACAAAGGUCACUGCACCCUGGCAGGAGACCGUACCGGUACAGGUGCACAGUGCAGCUCUGCCGGCCACACCUGACAGCACACAGGUUCCCAGGUAACUUGUGAUCCCAUAAUCUUCCAAAAUGGCAGAACUGACCGAAAAAGUAACCAAGACCCUGAAUAAAACCACCCCAGGACUGCAGAUCUGGAGAAUAGAGAACAUGGAGAUGGUUCCUGUUCCAGAAAAGUCCCAUGGAAACUUCUUUGAGGGUGAUUGUUAUGUCCUCCUCAUGACUCAUAAGACGAGCAAUAACUUCUCAUAUGACGUCCACUUCUGGAUCGGGAAUAAUUCCUCUGUGGAUGAGCAGGGAGCGGCGGCCAUUUACACCACACAGAUGGAUAACCACCUGGGGGGAGUCGCUAUCCAGCACCGGGAGGUCCAGGGAUAUGAGAGCGAUGCAUUUAAGGGAUAUUUCAAACAAGGCAUAGUAUAUAAGAAUGGCGGAGCGGCCUCUGGAAUGAAGCAGGUGGAGACGAACACGUACAACAUAAAACGUCUGCUACAUGUCAAGGGGAAGAAGAACGUUUUGGCUGGAGAGGUCCCUCUCCAAUGGAGCAGCUUUAAUAGCGGUGAUGUCUUCCUGGUAGAUCUGGGGAAGCUGAUUAUCCAGUGGAACGGGCCGGACAGCAACAGGAUGGAGAGACUGAGGGGUAUGAACUUGGCAAAAGACAUCCGCGAUCGUGAACGUGGCGGGCGCACCCAUGUCUACGUGGUUGAAGGUGAUAACGAGGAAGCGUCCCCGAAACUGAUGGAGAUUCUUAUGCACAUACUGGGCCAGAGAACAGGAAUAAAACCGCCAGUAUCUGAUGAUGUAGUGGACAGUGCAGCAGCAGGAGCAAUAAAGUUGUAUCAAGUAACAGACAACAACGGAAACCUGAUGGUGCAAGAAGUGGCCACCAAACCAUUAACCCAAGACCUGCUGAGCCAUGAUGACUGCUACAUCUUGGAUCAGGGUGGAAUAAAGAUCUUUGUAUGGAAAGGAAAAAAUGCAUCAAAGGAGGAGAAGCAGGCGGCCAUGCAGAGAGCGCUGAAUUUUAUCAAAGCCAAGAACUACCCCCCGUCCACGAACGUCGAGGUGCAGAACGACGGGGCCGAGUCAGCCGUAUUCAAGCAGCUUUUCCAAAAAUGGACCACAAAGGAUCAGACUGUUGGGCUCGGAAAAACAAGCUCCGUUGGUAAAGUGGCCAAAGUGGAGCAAGUGAAGUUUGAUGCGGCCUCGAUGCACGCCAAACCUGAGGUGGCCGCCCAGCAGAAGAUGGUGGAUGAUGGAUCUGGAGAAGCAGAGGUCUACAGGAUCGAGGACCUGGAGCUGGUGCCUGUGGAGAAGCAAUGGGUCGGACACUUCUAUGGUGGAGACUGUUACCUGAUUCUGUACAAGUACCUGGUGAACAAUAAGUACCAUUAUAUCAUCUACAUAUGGCAGGGCCGCAAUGCCACUCAGGAUGAGAUUGCAGCUUCUGCAUAUCAGGCAGUGAACCUGGAUCAGCAAUACGACGGACAACCAGUUCAAGUGCGAGUAACGAUGGGGAAGGAGCCCUCACACCUCAUGGCCAUGUUCAAAGGGAAGAUGGUGGUGUACGAGGGUGGUACCUCCCGUGCUGAGAGUGACUACACUCCUCCUGAGGUCAGACUGUUCCAUGUGCACGGCACCAAUGAAUACAACACCAAGGCCUUUGAAGUCCCAGUCCGGGCGUCAUCUCUUAAUUCUAACGAUGUGUUUGUCCUGAAGACCAAGGGGACCUGCUACCUGUGGUGCGGCAAGGGAUGCAGUGGUGACGAGAGAGCUAUGGCCAAAAACGUGGCUGACAUCAUAUCCAGAGGAGAGAAGGUGGUGGUUGCUGAGGGACAGGAACCAUCUGAGUUCUGGUUGGCACUAGGCGGCAAGAGCCAGUAUGCCAGCAGUAAGAGGCUGCAGGAGGAAAUUCCAGAUAUCACCCCACGUCUGUAUGAGUGCUCCAAUAAGACCGGGGUGUUCCGUGCAACUGAAAUCUCAGAUUUCAACCAGGAUGAUUUGGGUGAAGACGAUGUCUUCCUACUGGAUGCUUGGGAUCAGGUCUUCUUAUGGAUUGGCCGAAAUGCAAAUGAAAUCGAAAAAAAAAACGCAGCAGUCACAGCUCAGGAGUAUCUGAGGACUCACCCCGGCAGUCGUGAUAUCAACACUCCAAUUAUUGUGGUGAAGCAGGGAUUCGAACCCCCAACAUUCACAGGCUGGUUUUAUGCAUGGGAUCGAUUCAAAUGGGAGAACACAAAAUCAUACGAGGACUUGAAAGCCGAACUGGGAAAUGACAACGCCAUUGAGGAUAUCUCCAAGGAAUUUGACAGGACUCAACUGGACUCUUUUACCUCCCAAACCAACUUUGGGUCUCUAGCGUACCAGGUCUUACCAGCUGAGGCUCUGACUAAUAAGACUGCAGAGGAGCUGCCUCCCGGAGUGGACCCCUCCCGAAAAGAGGAAUAUCUGAGCAAUGAAGAGUUUACGGGAAUAUUUGGGAUGACGCGUGACGAGUUCCAGGCUCUGCCAGAGUGGAAGAAACAGAAUCUGAAGAAAACAAAAGGACUGUUCUGAAUGCACUUUCUUCUUCUCUUCACUUUUGUCCUAUAAAACAUCAACUUUUCUGUUUUGUCCUCAAGAAGAAAUAAAAAUAGGAGUGGCUAUAUCCGCAGCCUGGGAAUGGCUAUGUGCAGAUCAAACGGGGAUCCUGUCAAUUCAGUGUUUUAAUGGAAAAAAUAAAAAUUGUACUGUUA